AUGGCUAACUUGCUGCCUAUCCGAGACAUUGUCCCUUUCAUGAAAAAUUGGAGUUGCAUCAUCACUGUUCAGGAAAAACAGCAGAUCACUGACUCAAAGGGAACACCAACAAAAAAACAAAAAUUUAUCUUCUAUGAUACAGAGGGAUCAAAAGUAGAAGCAAUAAUCUUCAAUGCUGAUAUUCCUAAAAUGAGUCCGCUCUUACGUGUUUACAAAAAAUACAAGAUCACGAAUGCUGAAGUGAAACCUAUCCCAGCAAAAUUUCAGACAACUGAGCUUACUAUCCAAUGGGUGAUCAGCACUAAAACUGUCAUUCAAGAAAUAAAUGAUGAUGCCAAUGAAAUCAUGCCUGUGAAUGCUUCUUCCAUGAUGCUGGUUCUCUUUACAGAUGUGCUAGGUGUUGUGAUUGCUGCAUUAGAUAGGAAGACAUUGAAUAGAAACACAAAAGAAUCAAAUGUUCAAAAGUUUGUCCUUCUUGAUGAAAAAUGUCAAACAGUAUUGCUGUCUUUAUGGGAUGACUUUCUUACUAAUGAAGGACAGCAGCUACUGUCUAACCUCAACAGCUAUCCUGUCAUUAUUGCACGUCGAAUUAAAGUGUUGUGGUUUGAUUCUGUCAUACUUGUUGAUCCGCCUAUACAGGAAGCAAGAGAGCUGAAAAACUGGUAUAUUGCACUUAGAAAUUCUAAAAUGAUUGCGGAUGUUCUUGAUAAAAGAGACUACAUGAGGUAUAAUCCUGCAAUUUCUCUCACAGUUGAUCAGAAAGCUACCUUAAUUUGCAAUGUUAACCCAUCACAGAAGACAACUUGGGUGAGAGCUCGCUUCUACUUUGAACACAUAUUCCAAAAAUACUGGUAUAUGAGUUGUAAGAAUUGCUAUCGAGCCACAGCAGCAGAUUAUGAAGUUGAAUUUACUUGCAACUCGUGCAAGGAGAAGCAACCAGCUGUACCAAGAUGUCGCUUUGAUGUUGAUUUAGUUGAUGACAGUAGAGCUAUACCAGCUUCCAUAUUUGGAGAACUAGCUAAGAAGCUUUUAACAUUCACCUCCAUUGAAGCAAUGCAGCAUUUUAAUGAGAAUGUUGAGCUCCCUCUUGGCCUUGUUCAUCAACAACUGAAAUCAAAGACUUUUCUGAUUCAUAUAAAACCAGUCCAAGCGCAGCUAGCAGACGCUAGGCAACGUUACACAGUUAUAUAUUACUAUGAAGCUGAUCAUGCUACCAGUUCAGCUCAAGUAAUUGCGGCUUCUAUUGCUUAUAGCAACAGCUUAUCUAAUCACCAUUGA